AUGAAAGUAGUGAGGAGAAUGGACAUUGGAAACAGUUCCUUGGUCACUGAGUUUAUCCUGGUGGGUUUAACAGAAUAUUCAGGGAUCCAGCUGCCCCUUUUCUUUAUCUUCUUGGGAAUCUAUGUGGUCACAGUGGCAGGAAACCUGGGCUUGUUUASUCUAAUUGGACUGAAUUCUCACCUUCACACUCCCAUGUACUACUUCCUCUUCAAUCUAUCCUGUAUUGAUCUCUGUUACUCUUCUGUCAUUACCCCAAAGCUGUUGGUAAACUUCGUGUCAGAAAGGAACACCAUCUCCUAUGCAGGAUGCAUGACUCAGCUCUUUUUCUACUGCUUCUUCGUCAGUGCAGAGUGCUAUGUGUUGACGGCCAUGGCCUAUGAUSGCUACGUGGCCAUCUGUAAACCCCUUCUGUACAUGGUUACCAUGUCCCCUCAGUUCUGCACUCAACUGGCUGUGGUCAUAUAUGUGGGAGCCUUCAUAGGUGCUUGGGCCCACACAGGGUGCAUGCUGAGGUUGACCUUCUGUAAGGCCAACACCAUCAACCACUAUAUGUGUGAGAUCUUUCCCCUCCUGGAGCUCUCCUGCACCAGCACUCACAUCAAUGAACUGGUGGUGUUUAUUGUUGUGGGCUUUGAUGUUGCUGUGCCCACUGUCACCAUCGCUGUCUCUUACACAUUCAUCCUCACCAGCAUUCUUCGCAUUCGUUCCACUGAAGGAAGAUCCAAGGCCUUCAGCACUUGUAGUUCUCAUAUAAUUGUGGUGUCUGUUUUCUUUGGGUCAGGGGCGUUCAUGUACCUCCAUCCUUCUUCUCUUUUGUCCAUGGACCAGGGGAAGGUGUCUACCGUGUUCUACACCAUUGUGGUACCCAUGCUCAAUCCUCUCAUCUACAGCUUCAGGAACAAGGAGGUAAAGGUUGCCGUGAAAAAAACCUUGAGCAGGAAAAUAUUUUCUUGA